AUCGGGUCUAUCACCAUUUGCCCAAAGCCCUCUUUGUGGUUUCACUCCCAGACCCUUCGGUUCGAGUUUGAGGCUUCCCUUUUUCCCACUCACACGUCGUCGGGUCUAUCACCGUUUGCCGAAAGCCCUCUUUGUGGUUUCACUCCCGGACCCUUCGGUUCGAGUUCGAGGCUUCUCUUUUUUCCUAAUCACACGUCGUCUGGUCUAUACCAUUUGCCGAAAGCCCUUUGUGGUUUCACUCGCAGACCCUUCGGUUUGAGUUCGAGGCUCCUUCUUUUUCCCACCCACACGUCGUCGGGUCGAGUUCGGCUGAGCAAGCUGUUGGCAGGCCCGAGACUCAAAACCCAGUCUGAAUGA